AUCUAAAGUAUCAUCCUAAACUUAUAGAUGGGAAGAAUGAAACCGAGUGCAUCUGUUCCAAGAUGCUUGAUACCCAAGAACUACAAGUUUGGCAAAGAACAAAUAUCAUCCAAAGAAGCUAUUAAAAAGUGUCUUAAUAGAUCAAAACCAUUGAAAAGGAACAAAAAAGAGACAGAAAAAGGUAUGAAUUGUGGUGCCUUCCUUGACCAGCCAUUCCAGCAGGAUAUAAUAGAGAUCUAUUCUAGCAAUGAACCUGCUUCUAAUGAACGAGCAACUAACAUCUCACAGAGCCUUGAUUUCUGAGGCACUCAUAAUAAAAUUGGAUGAAUUUACUGCAAAACAUGCUCACAGAUUCUCUGAACCUUAUGACUCUGAUCAGCGAGCCACAGCACUCACUCUUUUGAAGAAAUAUCAACUAUAAUUGUAAAGAAACGCUCUGAGUUGUUGAAAAUGCAUGAGAAUCUAUAUGCUCAAUGUUCCAAAGCAGAGUACCAUUCUGGGCUAAGAAAAGAGGUCCGUUCCAUAUAUGUUAAGCAAUUACAAACACUGCAAGGACUUAUUGACAAACUGCAGAUGAUAGAAAAUUCUAUUCAAAAAUCAAUCAGUGAGGAGAACUUAAUUAUAUCACAAACCGAGAAUAAAAGUGAGGAUAUUAGGAACAAGAUCUUGGCACAACAGGAGCACCUCCAGUCCUCCACUAACCUUGGAUCAGUAACUUUAAUGAUGAGAGAAAUAGAAGAAGAAUGAAUAGAAAUUCAACCAGGAAAAUACCACACAAUCGGAGAAUUUAAUAUCAAACUUGAUACAACUUUGUUAAAAGUAACACAAAUUGUGACGGAUGGCACUGAGAUCAGUAUUUCAUUAUCUCAAGAGCCUGAUGGGAAAGCUUAUAAACUUCUUAUUAACUGUCCUGAAGUAGAUACUGAAAGAUUUAUAGCAGUGGAGUUUCCUUCUAUGCCAUCAAUAUCAGUCCCAUCUGCAUGUACCCCUCCUUUCACUAUUGCUCCUCUAGACUUACCUUCUCUUGUAGAUUUGAAAAUGAUUGUGUUCCGGAUAUCCCAACUAAAUACUUUAGAAAGUGCUCGGGAUCUUCUCAAAGAUUUCUAA